CCAACACAAAAAUGAUCACAAAGAAACCCAUUCACAUCGCCAUUCUCGACACCGACGUGCCCGUCCCAACCAUCUACGCCACGCGAGGGUUAUACAGCUCGCAAUUCCGACACCUCUUGCAAUCCGCCGCCGCCGCCGCCGACGACGAACACAACGAGUAUGAGAUCCACACGACAGCUUUCGACGUAGUGGGCGGGCAACUCCCGGCGUACUCAAGCCUGUACCAUGCCGCAACACCAUCAACAGCUCCCUCGCAAGCCACUUCCGCCAAGAACCCAGAAACAAACCCCCUCGCACACCCGAUAACAGGGAUCCUAAUCACCGGCUCCGCAGCAGCCGCCUACGACCCUCCAACCACGCACCCAUGGAUCCAACCCCUCAUAAGAUUCAUCCGAUACACGCACACGCACUACCCAGACGUACGCAUCUUCGGCAGCUGCUUCGGCCACCAGGUCAUUGCGAAAGCCCUACUCGAGGAACUCCCACACGUCACCCCACAAGAAGAAGAUACAAAGCCAUACGUGAAGGUGGAGUCCGCCCCGACGGGCAAGGAAGUCGGCCUGAAGCCUGUAAUCCUUACUUCGGCGUUCACGGCUGCGUUCCCGACUGCGUUCCCGGAUAGGAACCACCCGUCGGGUAAUACUGAGAGUGCGGAAGAGAGAGAGUGGAGGUGGAAUAUCCAGAUGAUUCACGGCGAUCAUGUGCGGAUCGUGCGUGCUUUACCGCGUGGGUGGUGCGUUGUUGGGGCUAGUGCUGAGUGCGCGGUGCAGGGGCUGUAUCAGCGUGGUCGCGUGUUGACCUACCAAGGGCAUUUUGAGUUCGAUGCGGAGGUUAAUCGGGAGACGUGCUUGGAGUUUGCGAGGCGGCAGGGGUGGAAGGUCGAGGAUGUGCGGCGGUGGGUGGCAGCUAUGGAGGUUGAGGGCGUGCAGGAUGAUGCGAAGGCCGCGGCAGGCGUGGUACUGCGUUCGCAUCGAAUAGGUCUCAAUCCCAGGUGA